AUGUCCAACAAACCCCUCACCAUCGCCAUUGGUUGCGACGACGCCGGCUGCGGCUACAAGAACAAGAUCAAGGAAGACUUCGAGAAAGACUCUCGCGUCAACAAGGUCAUCGACGUCGGUGUCAACAGCAGCGAUGACAAGACUGCCUACCCGCACCCUGCUGUUGAUGCCGCAAAGCUCGUAGCAGAAGGCAAAGCCGACCGCGCACUCCUGAUCUGCGGAACUGGUCUUGGUGUCGCUAUUUCAGCAAACAAGGUCCCGGGCAUUCGUGCCGUUACCGCCCACGACAGCUUCUCCGUUGAGAGAGCGAUAUUGAGUAACAACGCUCAAGUUCUGUGUAUGGGCGAGAGAGUGGUCGGUGUCGAGGUUGCAAGGAGAUUGGCCAAGGAGUGGCUUGGCUACAAGUUUGACGAGCAGAGUGCAAGUGCAAAGAAGGUUGAUGCUAUCAUGGAGCACGAGAGGAAGAACUAUCAAGGUGCGCAACAUGUUGAGAACAUUGCUCUGGGCAACGUUGCUUGA